AUGCUUUGUCAAGUCGGUUUAAACGUUAAAGUUCCAUUUCAUUUUUUGUUUUAUUCCCUUACUUUUGGGGGUUCUGCUUUUUAUUCCUUCAUUGUUUCCCCACUAGUGUUUAAAAAAUUACCAAGAGAAGAAUUUAGUAAUUUACAAAACAAAGUAUUCCCAACUUAUUUCACUGGUCAAACAUUGGCUCCAAUUAUUUUAGGUUUGGCUCAACCAUUUGCUUAUUGUCCAUUUACCCUUGGAUUAUUAGCAUUGUCUUCUGUUGGUGGUGCUUUGAACUAUUUAUGGUUAUUGCCUGUUUGUCAAAAGAUUAAAGAAGACAGAAACAAGUUGAUUGCUGAUAAGAAAGAUGUAGGUGCUGAUGGUCAACCAACUGAAGAACUUAAAGCUUUGAAUAAACAAUUUGGCAAAUACCAUGGUAUUUCCACUUUGGUCAAUAUCACCUCAAUUCUUUCUCUUGGUGUUUAUGGUGUUGUUUUAGCCAAAGGUUUAAGUAAAAUUAAGUUUUAA